GUUUGCGUUGGCGCGGUCUUACAAAGUUGCGAAAAGUUUGAUCAUCGAAAUUUUUAUAUAUUCGGUUAAUUCGAUUAAUAAAAAAUUAACUAAAAAUGGCUUGCAAAGUCAGAGCCGAGUUGGAAGCGGCGUUCGUGAAACUGGACGCCAAUGGCGACGGCUUCGUUACGGCCAGCGAGUUACAAAACUUCAUGAAGACUCUUGAUGCCUACAAAUCUCUCAGCAAGGAAAAAGUUCAGGAAGCUUCAGCGAAACUCAUUCGGAUGGCCGACAAAAACAGCGAUGGCAAAAUUAGCAAGGAGGAGUUCCUCAACGCCAACGCUGAUCUGCUGAAGCAGUUGAAGUAAAUCCUGCCAUCUCUGUCCAUCCCUUUUUUCGGAUGACGUCAUUCUAUUAUUAGAUGAAUAAUAAACAUACUUCCGAUUACGUCUUUUUCCUUUUUAAAAUCUCACGCGAUGUUCUGUCCGCAUUUCUACAAACUUUUAAUAAAUAUUUAACAUUCAAUUUAACGUUUAUUCUUAAUAUUAUUGAUAUAAAACUAAUUUUCAAUUGUAUAUCUAUGAUACUGUUUAGUAUAUCUAUGAUACUGUUUAGUACGUAGAACGUUGAUAAAUUUUUUGUAUCUCAAUAUUGUGAUAUAGGUACGUGACUGAUAUAUAUCUAUAUGUUAUUCUUACAUGUUUUUCUUUGUGUCAAAUAUAAAUAGUCACUUUAUAAAGUCACUUUAUAUUUACACAAUAUUCAACAGUUUAAUAAUGUUUAAAUUGAUAUAAGGCUGUCAUUAACCUGUCUAUUUGAUAGAUUUUUUCAUUUAAAAUUGAGUUAAAAUGAAAAGUAAAUGAAUAAAUUUGAUUAUUUUAAUGGAUUUAUUAUUGUAGCAUCUUAAAAAUUCAUCAUGCUUUUGCCAAAUUAAAAACUUAUUAGUUUAUGUUGUCAUUGUUUAAUAAAAUGUCAAAAAGU